AUGAAUCCGAUGCACGAAAUCCGCAUGUCGGCUUCGCCUGGAAGAGCACCACAAGUCAUACACCAGCAUGAAGUAGGAAGUCCAGUACGAAGCGUACGUCCAGAAUUCUUGCUCGAGUCGAUCAAUAGUCAGGCAGAUUUUGGACCGCGAACAUUUCUAGACAACCCAUCGCCUGACGAAGAAGCAAAUGUACCGGACAUACCAAAUACACAUGUUCCGCCCAAAGUCGAUAGUUCUCAUACUGAAGAACCAUUCUCUAAGCAAAGGCGAUCAGGUCACUAUCUGGGCGGCACCACAGAACAAUUUCAGUCGAACUGUGCUCCAGAUCGAAGGACUCCAACACCUCCUUCACCUCGCUCUCCCGUAGAGCAGACAGAUUUCGAGAGGUACCAGCAGUUGACGCGUGAGAACUGUAAAAGUGGAUUCGAUAGCGAUGAAGAUUCUUAUAUUGGGUCAGUCGAGGAAAUGACGCCUGUCAGACCAGCGAGGAGGAGCAAUAUGCUUGUGGACGGUCUCUUCCAUCAUAGCUCUUCACACGUCUUGGAAGAAGAAAGUCCGAUACUGCCAAAGCAUCAAGAUUUGGCUGUAGUUCGUGAGAUCAAGGAAAUGCAUCACCUCACCAUGCAAGCUUUGACUGGUAUCACUAUUUCUUCAAAUCGCUCACCUACACCUCCUCCAAUACCAACUCGUGAUUCGCGAUACCAGGACUGGCGGAACUCUCGUUAUCGAUCGGUCUCAGCGCCUGCGAAGAAGGUUACCAUGGCGCCGCCACCUAUCGACACAUCGGGGAUAUCAGCACAACAACCACACGUCAAAACACCAUAUCCUUUCCGUGCCAUCCACCGCAAGGAGUUUGGACGUCAAUUUUCAGCUUCCGAACCUACUCUUCGAAGUCCACGCGUUCACGACAGCACACUCACACUCAGUGUCCGUCGCAGUAACCCCAACAGCCAGCUACGGCUCUCUACCCUCACCAUUCCUGCCAACAGCGAGUUCAGUGCGGUCAAGGACCGCCAUCACAAUUCUGACCGUGGUGGACAAGAAUACACACCUCAAGAUUUUGACGACGCAGAACUGUUCCGACAGUUACGGCGCCACUAUCAAAGCCUUCUAGGCCCCUGGCGCCACUUCUCUGCUCGAAGCUUGACGAUGAUCUGUGUGAGCGGCGAUGCCAGCAAGCAAGCGGACUCGGGUUAUGGAUGGCUCUUGACACCACGCUCGCCUCGUACACUCGCCUACAGAGGCCUUAACGACACAUUCAGCGAAGAGAAACUCCUACGAUUUUUUCAUAAUCCCGGUGCGGCAGGCAAAAGUAGAUAUGCGUGGGUGAGCUGGGCACACAGAUUAGCCGACGCACCUGCAAUUACCACGCCUUUAUCUCCUCCUUCUGCUUUGACAUCUGCAGCACCAGAUACAGUACGCACACCCGCUUCUGCAGGAACCAUAGCGACAGUCAACAACCGCUUCUCGAUGAUCAGACGUGCAGAACAACAUGAAGGCCUGGAAUUUGUCGUCUCGUGGUCCGUGCGGCGCAUUCUUCUUGCUCUCAUUCUGGUCCUGGUGCUCAGCCUUGCGGCAACACUGCUUUGGGUGUUCUUAGGCAAGGACUCGCAUUCUUCUGGAGGUCAAGCUGGGUUUCUGGGCGCUGGAGACAGAGUUGUUGCGGGUGUUGUGAUGGGAAUCUGUGUGUUGCUGAUCGGGUGUUUUGGAGUGGGAGGAUGGAUUGGGAUUAGUUGGUUGGUGCUGUAG